AUUCCAACAUCCUAAAACCUCCAACCAAUCUUCACUACCAUUUCCCACACAUUAAUUAUAUCAUUCACAUUCAAAACUCAACAACAACAACCGGAAAACAUGAUCUCCCGGCUCCCGAUCUUAGGCCUAGCACUCGUUGCAACCUCACUCAUGUUCCCCACCUCGGCCCAGAUCACCACUCCGUGCACACCCUCUAUGAUCACGACGUUCGCGCCAUGCAUGAACUUUGCAACCAACAGCAGCCUCAAUGGGACUAGCCCUCCUCCAGAGUGCUGCAACUCACUCAAAUCCCUCAUGAGCAGUGGCAAGGACUGCCUCUGCCUUAUUGUCACCGGCAGCAUUCCCUUCAACGUCCCCCUCAACCGAACCCUCGCCAUUUCCCUGCCACGCGCCUGCAACAUGCCCGGCGUCCCCCUCCAGUGCAAAGCUGAUGGUGCUCCGGUUCCAGCUCCAGCACCCUCAGCCAGCGCACCGUCUCUGUCACCUAAUGCAGCCCCUUCUCCCAGUGUUUCAGGGCUAGCUCCACCGGAGGCACUGUCUCCACGAGCCGAGGAGACUCCAGCUCCGGGCACUGCAGGUGAAACGCCAUCAGGCACCACGGGUAGCAGGGCUGGGGUGACACCUUCUGCAGCUUACCGGAUUUCGCCUUUGCAUUUGGUGGCUGUUCUUGCAGCUGUGGCUUUGAAGUACUAGUGCAAUGACCUCUGCAAGAUACUGCAUCUGGUCUUCGUGUUAGACAAAUAUUCUUUUACAUAGUUGUGAAUUGUGAUUGGAUUUCUGAUAGUAUUAUUUUUUCUUGUUUGGCCACCUUGUAAUAUUUUGUGAUUGUACUAAGAUUAUUGUUUGUUUAUUGA